CAUCCACGAUGCCCCAUUGCGAAGCAAGUAGCGUACGCCCUGACCCAGAAUCGACCCCCUGCCGUGCCUGGUACGAUGGCAACUUCACGAUUUGGUGGUUGAUCGGCGCCUUACUGGGCCUCUGGUUCACCUUGUACAAGGGAUUGGGGAUUGUCGUUGGUUUGUUGCCACCAUCGAAUGGCAUCCCCGUCGGCCCAGUGUUUGCCAUGCACUUGGUCACUUCAAUCCUGUUCAUGUGCAUUUGCAUCUUCAACGUAUUCCACACGCCAUCGCAUGGCCGCGUCUACCGCAAAGUUCAUCGACUGCUCGGAUGCAUGGCAAUGAUCUCUGGCGUGAUCUCUUUCAUCACCGGUGCAGUCGCGGUGUGGUGGGAGCGCUACACGGAAGACUUGGGGUUUUCCAUCGGCAUUACCGUGGGUGGUGUGCUACAAAUGGGGUGCCAGGGAUAUGGCUGGUACAAAAUUCGACAAGGGAACGUGGGUGCGCACAAAACCGUGAUGCUGGCAACGUUCUAUUACAGCUGCCUUAUUCCGCUUUGGCUGCGCAUCGUGGGCAUCAUUGUCGGUCGACAAGACUUGCCUUUUUGGGUACAGCCAGCAGCGCUGGCAGUCGGGUUGGUGUUUGGUCAGCUCGGGAUCCGAGCUGCACUGGCGAACCGCAUUGUUUAGACCGAACGCCCUGUACAUUCCUGGAGUACAAACAUCUUGCUCGGCGAAACGAAAUGUCACGGCUGUCGCGUUGCAAGGCACAAGUGGUGUUCAGUGGCAGCUUUUGAAGUCCAGAUGAAUGCCUGCCACUUGUGCGUGCGCGCCCGCCGCCACGGCGCAAGGUAAUGUUGAUAAAAAAAC